UUAGUCAACGGACUAUUAUUAUCGGCUAGUUCAUUGAUAUUCGUUGAAUUUUACAUAAAAAGAAGCGAACAUGAGUCAUUUAUAGUGGUUUAGAGUUGUGUAGUAUUGCAACAGCAAUUGGAAGGUGGGAGAGUUCCUCUCCUAUAAUAAUUUUCCAAUGUUUUUACUCGGUUUUAGCGUUAUAAAAGGCAGGUAGCUAAUGGCGGAUCUUCUAACACCGGGCGACGUGGUGAGGCAGAGAUGGAAGAUCGACAAGAAUAUCGGUGGCGGCGGAUUUGGGGAGAUCUACUCUGCUUUGGAUUUUGUUUCAAAGGAAUCAGUUGCCCUGAAGGUGGAGUCUGUUAACCAGUCCAAACAAGUCCUCAAAAUGGAGGUGGCUGUGCUAAAGAAGCUGCAAGGCUGUAGACAAGUUUGCAAGUUUAUAAGCUGUGGUAGGAAUGAGAAUUUCAACUAUCUCGUCAUGUCCCUGCAAGGCUCAAACCUUGCCGAGUUACGACGAAGCCAGCCUAAGGGAGUCUUUUCUCAGAGCACCAUGCUGAGACUUGGUUUUCAGAUUUUGCGGUCUUUAAAAGCCAUCCAAGAAGCUGGAUUUCUACAUCGAGACAUUAAACCUUCCAAUUUUGCAAUGGGCAACACACCAGAUACUUGCCAUUCCUGUUUCAUGCUGGAUUUUGGCCUGGCACGGCAGUACACCAAAAGCAAUGGUGAAGUGAGACCAGCAAGGAGCUCUGCAGGGUUUAGAGGAACUGUUCGGUAUGCUUCUAUCAAUGCUCAUGACAAUAAGGAAAUGGGAAGACAAGAUGAUCUGUGGUCUUUCUUCUACAUGAUGGCAGAGUUUGCAAAUGGACAUCUACCGUGGAGGAAGAUGAAAGAUAAGGAACAAGUUGGAAAAAUGAAGAAAAGUUACGACCAUCAGUUGUUUCUGAAGUCGCUUCCCCUGGGCUUUAAACAAUUUCUGGAUCACAUCAGCAAGCUUAAGUAUGAAGACAAGCCAGACUACAAGAUGCUCAUUUCCACUGUGGAGAAAGCGAUCGCUAAGAAAAGCAUCACGGAGAGCGAUCCGUUUGACUGGGAGAAAAUGCCGAAUGAUGUUUCACAGGCCACAACAACCACUAGCACCCCUCCCAUGGGGCAAAUAUACACGACUCCCCCGGACAACAGGCCUGGUCCGCCGAACCAUCAUGCCUCGGACCGAGUGUCGCCCAGUAUGGACAUGUUGGAAGAUCACAGUGCCGAGCAUGGCAAUGAAGCGAACAGAAAGGAUAGCGGGCCCAAGAAUGGUAACGCUUACUACAAGUUUGGUACAACAGACAGAGGAGUGAUACAGAAGAUAAGAGAGGUAUUGGAUGCUGUGGAAAAAGACAAUGGGAAUUUCUUGAAGCCUCAAGCUGUUCUUCAAAAGGCUACCAAACAGGAUAAAUCCCUAAAUGGAGAAAUAAAACUGGAAACGCCGAAAUUGAUUUCAGCAAUCGUACAGGAUGUCCAAAUGGCAAAGAUUGGUGGCAAAGAAAACCAGCCCGGGGUCGAUGGACCAGACUAUAAAGAGAUCGAGGUUAUUCAUGUUCCUCAAGUUCGAAUAAACGAUCAGCAAAAUAGGACACUGCGUGUGAAUACUCCCGAUGAUCCAGGUAAACCAACGACUGAGACAAAUGUGAAUGCGGAGGUGUGUGGAUUGGACUUGGAUAAAGUGGAAGAUAUCAGUUCUACAAAUCUGCCACAGAAGAAAAUAGAGGUGGCUUCGUUAGAACCUGAAUUUAAAAAGGAACAAAUUCUCCCCACGUUGCCAAUAUCCCAAGAAUCCCCCUCCCUUGGGGUUCAGGUGCCAGUUACUUCUCCAACCGUCAUUAGAGAACUGUCUUCACCAGAUUCCAAACCAGCUGAAGUGGAUGAACGUGGAGUUGAGGCGAAACCAGAACAUAUCGAGGAGGUGGAGGAAAGGAGAUUUGUGUCUCUGUGGUCUCCUGGGGUGGUUGAGGAUCAGCCAGUUGUAUACAUGCCCCCACCGGUGGUAGAAACGGAAUGUGUAGAGGAGCUGGAGGAGCUUGCUAAUGUAGGCAGGAAGGAGAGACAAGUAGGGAGCAGUCAUCAUUUGUCAUCCCAUCACCAUCACCAUGACGACAUGAAGAAGCACUUGCGGGAGUUACCGCUGGACUCUGAGCCCGUGAGGCAUAGCAGUGACGACAAGAAAACUCAUGACGAGGUCAGCAGUCACAAACUGGAUCAUAGGUCUGUGGGAGAUUCUCCUGAGGGGCCCCCGGGCAAUCUGUUUCGCGUGCCGUCCAUACUGGAGCAAAUGGUGGAGGAGGAGCCAGCGGAGUUCGCGGAGAACAGAAGUUUGUUCCGUGUACCCUCCGUUUUAGAACAGAUGAUGGACGAGCCGCCCGUCGAGCCGGAAGACAACAUGCCGAUCCCCCCUGAGGUUGACGAAUACAGACUUGAUUCGGCGGAAUUUGUUUCAGACAAGCACGAUGGCUCGUCCCAUUCCCACCACGCUCUUCACAUGCCGGGAUCAGCCAUGGCUGCUGUCACUACUUGCCGGGACCUGCACUUCAGGGACAGCGAAGCUGGGUUUAUUUUGGGAGACACCGACGUUGCUCCCGCAGCAGAUUGUAAUUCAUCUUUAUCACACGCUUCGGAAGGCGAGAAUUCCAACGAAGAAAAUGGCACGGAGUUUCCCCUGGAUGAAGAAGAGAAGGCCGAUUCCAAUGAUGCGCGACGCUCUCAAGAAGACAAGGAUGAAAUUGAUAGUAGACCUAUUGUUUCCUUCUCAAAUGGAAGUGAUGAGAACGUAGCUGCUUCAAAGGAGAGAAAUGUCAUUGAAACAUCUGCAGGAACGAAAGAAACAAAAUCUGAAAAAAAGGACGAGGUUAUGGUAGAUCAAAUUCCACAGAUAUCGGAGGGGUUAAGCAACCCAGUUAAGAAUGUAGUCUUCUAUAUCGGCGAUCACAACGAAGAUACGCCUGAAUAUAGUCAGCCGCUGAACUCCGGAGACGAAAACCUGGACAAUAACUUCUUCUCUGAAGGCCAGCCACAGAAGCCUGCCGAGAAAUUGAACAAUGUCGAAGAGAGUGUAAAUGAGGCCAACGUAGGCCGCCGCGAAGAAGGCGAACAGUCAAUUAGCGUCGCCGAACCCAAAAUACCGACUUUAAACGAACUCUUUAAUAACGAUGAAGGGGAACCGGACUUUGCAGACGACGUGGUCGAUGAUUACUGGGCACUAGAAGAGCCUAGUGAUAACCCGGACACACGGGACUUGGGUGAGCCGGAGACGAGUGAAGAGUCUCAUCAGGGUGACGAGUUGCUUAGACCCAAGCCUCCUCCGGGACGGUCAGAACGAGGUUGCAUUUCAGCCAGACUUCGACGGUACAAGCCAACCAAAUCACGCCUAGAUUUCAUCCGCCCACUUGUUGCCAUCAGCGAUAAGCCAGAGUUCAUUUGAGCGGCAGUGAGAGAAAUUUAGUAUAAAUUUAUUAGAUAUAGUUUUAAAGUAUUAACUCAUAAAGCCGCUAAUAGUACUUAUAGUGCUUCAUUUGACGUCCGAUGGCUGAUAAAAAUUAAGUUGGUCGUUUAGGAAUAUAGAAGCUACAGAAAACGCUCCGCAGAUCAGUAAAAAUAUGGCUUUUUCCAGGUUAGCGUAAUUUUUUUCUAUCUUAAAACAACUUUGUUGCUAGAGGUUUUUGCCGUAGUUUGCUUCGCUCUUAUCUCGUUUUCCCUCGCCAAUCAUUCCAUAUUCUAUUUUCUGUAGAACUACAUAUGCAAAGCUAUCCCUUCGGAAGAAUUUUAAAAUGCUUUAAUAAUGAGAAUUUUGCGGUUCAGAUAUUUCAACAAUUUUAAACUCUUUAAAAUGCUCAAAUUUGUGGGAUGUUAUUUGAUGUUUUACGUUUCCCACCGGCCAGAUUUUAACUCACAGAUUUAUUUCUGGUCUUAUUAAACGGAAAAAAAAAAAGACUUAGACAGAAACCUCCUUAUUUAUCAAAGCACGUUUUUAGCCUAGGUAAGCUUUUAAACAAAAGGAGCAGAUCUUGAAAGGUAAUAUUUUAAUUUCGCUCUCAAAUGUCAGCUAUAAAUUUAUGAAAGUGACUUUUAAUAUUUUGUGCCAUUCAAGCCAGAAAGUAAUAAUGAUAAUUUCACAUUUUAAUAUUUAUAUCAUAGGCUAUUUAAUUCUUAGAAAAACUUCAUUUGUUUACCCAGGGCUUAGAGAAAUUUGUCACUUUGUCUAAUACAUCAGCUCAACACUGCAUCCCAGUCCUUACAUAUCGUUAACGCAUGUCUCAAGGGACGAGAGAGAAAAGCGAUGUAGGUGGUGCAGUGCGGUCUCGUCAUGUUGUUCGCGGAAGGGACUUAGAACAAAUCUGAUACUUCCGCAAAGAAAUUCAGCUGAGAUUAAAGUUUCGCCUUUCUAAUACAUAGAAAAAAAUAGAAUACGUUAGUUUGGUUGUGUCCUAAUUUUUGCGUCAUCAAAUUGUCACUAUUUGAAGUAGUAGCGCACUAAAAUUUUAUCUCUUAAUUGUACUGUUUUGAAAAUUGUUGGAAACUUAGCAAUCGUGAAUUGUCAAAAAUUCUAGACUAGCUUCAAUUGGAUUGGGGAGGGAAAUGGAGGGGAGGUGUAUGCGGUAGAGAGAGCAUGUUAGUAUUUGAUAUGAAAUGAAAAUGUUAUUUUAUAGCGCUAACUUAACUAAUUUAAUGCACCUUAUUAGUGUAAAUAGAUUUAACAAAGAAAUUUGACCGCACCCUGCUUUGUUGGAAAAUGGGAACGGAUUGUAUUUUGCUAAAUAAACUGACACUAAAACAUUA